GUGUGAGCAGAACAAGUAGUGGUCAGCUGAUUGAAUCACAUGACCUCCGUGUUUCGCUGCACUGUUUUUCUCUUCUUGUCUCCUCUCUGCUGCUGUUUCGAUGCAUUUCUUCAUUUUAAUGUCCAAAACACUCGUUCAAGCUUCGUUGUCAACUGAUAGCCUGACACUACACUGACACUACAGCGCUACAGACCCGGCGACAUAAAAUAACAGAAGGAGUAAUAGUUUUAUUUGUGGAAGGUCCCUCGCUGCUUCAUCAUGAGUCCAGAGUCCAAGAAACAGAUGAACAUCAUCAUCCUGGGUGUCAGCUUCAUGUUCAUGUUCACUGCUUUUCAAACAUGCGGAAACAUCGAGCAAACAGUGAUAAAGAGCUUCAACAGUUCUGAGUUCCAUGGCAGCGGCUACACCAGUAUGUCCAUCAUCUAUGCCGUCAUGUCCACCUCCAACGUUCUGGCUCCUUCAGUGGUGGCCGUCAUUGGACCUCAGCUCUCCAUGUUCUUCAGUGGACUGUUGUACAGUGGUUACAUCGCCAUGUUCAUCUACCCGUACACCUGGACCUUCUACACCGCGUCUGUGCUGGUCGGAAUCGGAGCCGCAGUGCUGUGGACAGCUCAGGGAAAUGUUCUGACCAUCAACUCCACCAACAACACCAUUGGACGAAACAGCGGCAUCUUCUGGUCACUGCUGCAGUUCAGCAUGCUGUUUGGGAACCUCUACAUUUACUUUGCCUGGCACGGACACGUCCACAUCACAGACAAAGACCGUCGGACCGUCUUCAUCUCUUUGACCGUCAUCAGCCUGGUCGGAUGCUUUCUCUUCUUCCUCAUUCGGACUCCUGAAACCGAGUCUGCCCCCUCUGAGGUUUCCGAGUCGCUGCUUGAGGCGGAGUUUUCAGAGAGCACCACCACCAGCUCUCCUCACUCUGGCCUCUGCUCUCAGGCUCUGGAUGCUUUUGUUCAGGUGUGUAAAAUAACCGUGACCAAAGAGAUGCUGCUGCUCUUCCUCCCGUUGGCGUACUCAGGUCUGGAGCUUACGUUCUACAGCGGCGUUUACGGGACGUGUAUCGGCGCCAUGACGGGAUUCGGCCAAGACGCCAAGAGUCUGAUUGGCAUUUCUGGAAUCUUCAUUGGUGUGGGUGAGAUCUUAGGAGGGGGCAUAUUUGGGUUGCUGAACAAGAACAACCGUUUUGGCCGGAACCCUGUGGUUCUGCUUGGUCUCAUCACUCACUUUGUGGCCUUUUACUUGAUUUUCCUCAACAUCGCGAGUGACGCUCCGCUCGCCCCCGAGGCAGGAACCGAUAAGCAGGCCUUCAUUACUCCCAAUGUGGGCGUGGCCAUGCUGUGCAGUUUCCUGCUGGGUUUGGGCGACAGCUGUUUCAACACUCAGCUCAUGAGCAUCAUCGGCUUCAUGUUUCCGGACAACAGCGCCCCCGCCUUCGCCUCACUCAAGCUCAUCCAGUGUGUGGCCGCCGCCAUCGCCUUCUUCUACAGCAACUUCCUGUUGCUGCACUGGCAGCUCCUGAUCCUGGUCCUCACAGGAUUCCUUGGAACCAUUACCUUCUUCGCUGCGGAGACGCUGGCCGAGUCCAACAGGCGGGAAUCCUCAGACUACGGCACCAUCUGAUUGGUCGACAGGAGAAAUCUGAGCUCAGAAAAUCGUUUCUGAGGUUUUUGGUUCCCUGCUGAGGGACUGACGUUGUUUUUUUGGGACAUCAAACAUUCCUCGUCUUUACUGUUCUCUCUCUCUCUCUCUCUGAGUGUUUUUGUUUUUUUCAUCUGAGAAGGAUCUUGUUGAAUCCUGAUCCUGAAAUCCAAACGUAAGGAUUUAAUGAUCAAGGUUCAAGUCCUUCAUGAUAAAGAUCAAAAACCACUUUCAGGGACUAUGAUGUCCUCUGACCUAGCAUGCUGGAGACCCCCUCCUCAGCUGAUGUCCUCUGACCAACCCCUCCUUUGGAGACCUCGUCCUCAGCUGAUGUCCUCUGCCCUCCCUCUAUAAGGGUCCAUGUCCUCAGCUGAUGUCCUCUGACCCCCCCGUCCCCUCUUUCACUGUACUCUAUACUAUUCAUGCACUUAUGUUAAUUUAUUCAAAUACUAAAGCUAAUCAAUACUGACACUGAUCGACAUAUUCCUUCUUUAUUUUGUCUUGGUUAAAGUCCUCACUUGUUAAGGACAUAUAUUUGUUGAAUUGUUGCCUUUGCAGAGAAGAGAACCACUCACUCUCCCACUCCACGGUCCACAGAGAAACUCAGCUAUUUUAGCUCACAGGGAGAUGGGAGCAGCUGGUCAACUGCCGCCCCCUUUGGUCAGUUUGUGUCACUGAGGCGCGUCUAAAUGUAGUAGUGUUCUUUGUGCAGAAUCAACAAAACAACAUCGUCUGAAGUGAACGAUGGAUGACAGCAGCUCUGAAAUCACUGAGCGUCUCUCAGUGGACGGUGGUGUUGGGGGGGGGGGCGAUGUGGUAAAUGUCUGUAUGAUAGGUGUAAAGUGAUGAACACAUUCUUAAGCGAGCGAGUCUCGAGUUUGCACUUCGGAGAUUUUAGUUGUUGACUUUUCCACAUCAAAGUCCGUAGAGAAAAUUGUUGAUUUUUUUAGCUCGCAGGGAAACAGAGUGGGUUUUUUUUCUCUAAGGACGGAGCUGUGGCAGAGUGGGAUGUCCACUGUUUACACUGUGUCUGAGGUCAAAUCAACUGUCCGGGAUUUGAAGGGAAUCUUUAUGUAUACGUUAAGUCUGAUUUUAUACUGGAAUGUUGGAAUGAUUCACCAACCUCCGCUGACGCCUUUUAUGAUCAAUAAAGUGUCGUUCUCAAAUGCCAAA